AUGGAAAAAUUCUGCAAUGGAAAUGAAGGAAUGCCUGAGAAGCAAGGAGAGAUGGAAUACAAAGAACAGCCACAGGAUGUGGGAAAGCCAGAAGAAACUUUUACUCUGGAAGACAAGGAAAAGUUAGAAAAUGAGGGGAAAACAAAUCACAAGGGAAAGACAGAAAAUGAAAUUCUAAAGGACAACCAAAAGCCAGGGAGUGUGGCAAAAACAAAAGAAGGAAAGCCAGUGAGCGAGGGAAAAUCAGUCAGUGAGAGAAAGCCAGAGAGCCAGGGAAAGCCAAAAGAAGAAGGAAAACCUGUGAGUGAGGGGAAGCCAGGGAACAAAGGACAGCCAAAAGAAGGAGAAGCAGGGAGUGAGGGAGAGCCAAAAGAGGAAAAAUCAGAGAAUGAGGGAAGGCCAGAGAGCCAGGAAAAGCCAAAAGAAGAAGAAAAACCAGCCAAUGAACCAAAGACUGCAGGAAAGCGCCCAGCUGGGGAUGAUGUACCCAAGAAGGCCAAAAGAAAAACCAAAAAGGGGUUGGCUCAGUGCCUCAAGGAAUAUAAAGAGGCCAUACAUGAUAUGCAUUUGAGCAAUGAGGAGAUGAUAAGAGAAUUUGAUGAGAUGGCCAGGGUGGAGGAUGAGGUAAAGAAAACCAAGCAGAAAUUGGGGGGGUUUAUGUGGAUGCAAAAAAGUUUACAGGACCCCUUCCACCCAAGGGGCCCAAGGGAACUCAGGGGUGGUUGCAGGGCCCCACAAAGGGGCUUUGAAGACAUUCCUUUUGUGUAG